GGGGGCGACGGCGGCGACGGGCGGGGCGGGCCGAGCUGAGGAGCGGCGGCAAAGUCCCGAUUCGGCUGCUAAAGAAGCAGUAGCUUCGGUUUUUAAUUCCCAAGGUCAAAUGCGAGAGAGAUAAUUUUCUGACUCUCUCGACACGUAGCUUAUAUUUCAAACUCUUCUAUUUGAAGAACCCCCGGUGAUCGACAUUCCUUUGGCGAUAAGGCACGAGCUUGCUUCCCUGAGCGCUGCCCUACUCUGUUCUCACACUUCUGCAGUACGCCGUUCCCCUGUAGGUAGGUGACGGCUAUGGAAGUCCUGUAGUGUUCCGAGGGGCCGUAACGUGAGCCUCACGGCCUGUGGCGGAGCUCCUCGGUGUUUCUGGGAGUGUGUAAAAGAAGGAUGUAAACAGUAAAUGUUGCGUUAAGUAGCAGGAACGUACUUCCCAUUUUGCACGCUGCCUGUAUAAAGACACUUGAUCUAUUUCCUGUUCCUGUGUGCUUCCUCAGGUUGGUUCUCUAUUUGUUAUGCACUUAAGAUUCCUUUUCAGAGAUAGAAAUAGCAUGAGCAUAGCAAUAGUAUGAUUAUAAUAACUGUUAAUAACUAUAAUAAUGUAUGUUAAAGUAACUAUUUUCAGCAUCGGGUCAACGUGAUGGGACCAAGCAAGCCACCUUUGUCUGGUGUUCCAUUUACACCCACUACCCAGCUGUACAGGAAUGAAGCAAAUUCUUUACGAACACAGGUAUUGUUUGAAUAUUUCAGCAGUGCUGAAGUGGUUUUCAUUUGUGAUCACUACAAAAAGAUGAGUGAGACCCAUUUCCUGAUAUAGGCCACUCAUGAAUGUGAGAUCUUCAUACUUGCUUUCACAACACUGUCACUCAUAAUCUUAACCCUUUUUGGUUUUUUUUUUCCCUGCAUGGAACUGAAACUGCACCUAUAAAUACUGUUUGUCUGUCUUAGCCUCUUACUUUACCACAUAGUCACUGAACGUAGAAACUUCAUUCUGUUACUGCAUUUUAGUUUUCCAUUUAUCCUUCAUCAUGUAUCUGUUACCUUUGUAACUCUGCUUCUCAUAUGAUACAAAUAAUACCUUUUUAUAUUGUCAUUACAACUUAUUAAUUUCAUUGCUAGAAUUCUUUAAAGUCUUUGCAAUGGUAUUGUCUGUUACAUUGUCAUUUUGGAGCAGAUUUUUCACUGUGGGUGCCUACCCAAAGGUGUAAAUAUGUAUGCAGUGUUAUUUACAAGAAUACCCAUAUGCGUAAUUCAAGGUCAUUUUGAAUACUGACGUUUAUCUGAGUGGAGGGAAUUCUUGCAUGUGCUGGAGAAGUACCAUAGUGACAGAAUGCUGAAUCAUGGCCUGAACCUCUGAUUGACCACCUGAGGCAAGCAAUGAGUCAGCCCUGGGAGCACAGGUGAAGGCAAUUCACCUGUGCUGCUGGAAGGGGUGGAGCCUGGCUGCACUUCUCCUAGACCCAUUUAAGAGCUGACUGCCACUGGGAAAGGAUCUCUUCUGGAGAUCCCUCCUUUGGAGUUUUGCAGUGGGUCUAGGAUGAGGCUCCAGUUUAAUAGGAAUGUUCCAGCAGUUCCGGAAAACUUAUCUCUCAGAUUCUCUAACCCCCAUCCAAUUAUAAUAGAAAAACUGAAGUCAUCUAAUGAUCAGAGAAAUCUAGGUGGAAGUGAUGACCCCAGUAUAAGAAGCUCUGGUAUGUUUUCAGUGAUAUCUGAAGAGAGACUAAAAUUGGCUAUUCAUCUAGCUAAAAGGGACAUAAAACGAAGGCAUCUUGAAGAGCAAGUGAAACAACAGGUGUUUGGAGAUGCUGUCAAUAAAUCAUUGUUAGCCCAGAAGUCACAAGAGCAGAUAAACAAAGUGUCUGAAAGUCUGGAAAAGAAAAUUGGGCUUGAGUCUCAAACUCAGCUGAAAUAUCACCAGAAACUUGUUGAGCCUUCCAAAAUGAAGACUACCACCUCUGGUACAAAAGUAUAUCUCUACACACCAAAUGAGGGAAUGCUAAUACCAGCUGUUUUAGGCUCUUCGCUCACCCAUAAUACAAGACCAGACCCCAAGACAACCGUUAAAAUAAAGGAAAAUAAAAAUAUUAUUGAAAUCCAACGGCUGCAAAAAGAAUUAAGAAGUUGUGUCCAGAAAAUUGAAGACCUAACUAAAAAAGAGAGAGAUGAAGAAAACUUAGAUGCUGAUGAACAGCAACAAGUUUGCACUCAAAGGCAGAAGCAAGCUGCGCGAUCGGCUCAGAUGCUGUAUGUACUCCAGCAACAGGUGAAAAAAAUUCAGGAUGAUUUAGAAAAACUGAGUCCUUAUAAAAUCAAACAUACUAAAAAGUCUCGAGCAGUGUCCAAAUUGGCAGCAGCACAUAGAGGAGCUAUACGAGCCUUGCAGGCAUUCGCCAACCAGUUUACUGAUCAAACAGGGCAAUGGGUUCCUACCUGCUACAAGGAGCUGGGCAGCCUUAUUCGACAGCUGUCACUCUGUUCUGCCAAACUUGAACUAGAUUCUUCAACUUCUGAUGUUAUAAUAGAUAUUUUGAUGCAAGUUGAGGAUCUGAUUUCAUUGUUGGAAAAGAAGCAAACUCCCAAAAAAGUGAAGGAAUGUCUUUCAGCAUCACAUGGCGAAUCUUCAGUGAACACUGUGACGUUUCCAGCCAGAAAGCAGCUAAUAACUCCAAAAGGAGAAAAUAAGCCUCUCAUCUUAAAAAAACAACGUAGACAAGGACCCAGAAAAUCUCCAGCUGCCAGAGGUCUCUUGAUUGAUAAACAUCAAUACGUUGCAAAAAUUUCAGCAGUUCAGAAGAUGAACGAUCACACUCAUAUGUUGCAUGAUAAAUUCCAGGACGCAAAUGAUCUUCCUGCUCCACAAAGAAAUACUGUUUUACAGGGAAGCCUAGAGGCACUAGUGAGAUCUAGAGCUGUAAAAAAAGAUCCUAUCCUUCAAAGUGGCUCUUUAAAGAAGAAAGACAUGUUAUUAUCUGCAGAAUCGCAGGGCAUGCCUAAAUCUCUGAAACCAAGGCAGGUGCAGCCUCUAGGAAAGCAUGCUCGAUUUCAAGAAACAACUAUAGCUUUUCAGUUAAAAGAGAACAAACGAUUUGUUAAGGAGAGCAGCAUACCCUGGGUGCCUUCAAACUCUGCGUUACCUCCUGCUUCACCUAAACGACUAGCAUGGCAUGAAGCAGAAGCUUCAAGAAGAACGAAAGUUCUGACUGAUCUUAACAGAAGAGAAAUGAAAAAAGGACAAAAGUUAAGGUUGCAAGCUGCUUCUCCACCUCAGUGUGCAGACAAAGUUGAUGAAGCAGUAUGUGAGCACCUAGAACUUCCAUUGGAUAGGGCACAGCAGAUGAAUAUUUCCUUGGAAGCAAACUGUCAUUUGAAGGAUCCUUCAAUUACAAGACAGCUUUCAACUCACGCAGCUGAGAAGGUUGCAGCAAGUGCAGAUAUUCUGAGUGAAAAGGUACUGGAUGAUCUUUUGGAAGAUACUGCUCAGGAACUCUGGAAUAUGGAGCAGUGUGAGAGACUUCAGGCUGAGAAUCUGUUUGUGGCUGACAGUCCUAGUCUGGAAACAAUGUUGCAAAGAAUGGAAGAAAUUGAAAGAUAUCAGGAAACUGUAUGCAGGAGAUUCACCCAGAUUGUGUACAGUGAUUCAGAAUUCAGGGCCCAAGAGGAUAAAAUUGAUCAACAAAUGGCAUUAAUAACUCAACUACCUACAUCUCCUCAUUCAAUUCAGAUAACCAAGUUAACUAGACAGAUACAAUCGGAAACUGACAUUUCAUUUGAAAAAAUUUUCGAUGACAAUGGCACUAACAAAAACAAAGAAGCUCAGGAGAAAUUGCUGACUGGAAAUAACAUUCUGCAGCCCUUGACUCAGAAUUCUGUGCAGAAAAAGUCCUACAUUUCUUUCUCAAUUACAAAGCGUAUGCUCCAGAGCAUCCUGGAUUACAGCAGCAAGUACAAGCAUCACCUAAACCUUAUUUUCCAUGAAGCAGUAGGCAGCUUCAAUCCAUGGCAGAUUGCUGAAAGUCUUGCAGAGGAACUAACAGACGAAGCCCUGUUUGAUGUAGCAGCAGAGCUGCGGGAUGUUUGUGAGGAUUAUGCUGAAGCUGUAUUCACAUCAGAGUUUUUGCAGCCAGCAUAGUAAGUGCUUUCAAAUCUGCUCCAUUACUAAAUGAAUCAAGCUCAGUCUAAUAGUUUUAUCAGGCAAUCUAAUUUUUCCUAUUUUGCUUGUUUGUUCUUUUGGUCUGUGAGAUUCUGUUCUCUAAAAUGAGUUAAAUCCAACAAGAAUUCAUAUCAGAUUUUUAUAGAACCGAGAUCAUAAUGUUCUUCCUUUCAGGCUUCCUGGAUUUAUCAGGACUAUCGUUGUUGUUGUUGUUGUUUCAUUUCUUUGGCCAGCGUUUCAGUGGAAUGAUGUGAGCUGUUACAGGUGAAUUUUAUAUGUUUUGAUAGGUAUACACAUCCAUUUGUUUACUUCCAGUAACUUCAUCCAUUUUUGUGUGUAAGCUACUGAUGAGAAUAAAAUACUGGGAAGGGACACUGGUUUAAGCUAUGUCAUAGACUUAGCUGCACUGUGCCUCAGUUUUCUUUCAACUGGGAGAAUCUCACUUAAAUACCUCCCAAAGGAGUUAUGGGUUUUAGUUUAUUUCUGUCAAGAAAAUGCAUUGAAUCUUUCUGAUAGCUGUGUUGGAAGAGCAAUUCAUUAUUGAUAGAAAUCUAACACCCAGAUGGAAAAGUGAAGAACAAAAACUGUUGGCUUUGCUCUUUGGAGCUUUAUGUGUUGUAAAAUAAAAACACUGUCUGACCACCAUAAGGAAUAUAUGGAUUAGUUCUUUUUAGAAUGUGUCAAUCCAAAGGAAGGAUUCCCAUGGCACAGUACUAAGAAGAGGUAAACUCUCACACUGGCUAUAGACAGAGCUUGCGCUCUUAAGAGUGAAGUACUUCUCCUGUUUGUUUUAGAAUGUCACUAAUACAUUAUGCACAGAUGAAUCCUUUCGAGAGAAGCAUGGGAUGGAAACUUCCUUUUCGUUUAAAUUCAAAUUAGCUUAAAAUAUUAUUUAAACCUUAGCACCUUAGAACUUAGUGAUCCAGCCCUACAUUCUUUAGUCUUAGCAAUUCCAUUAAAAUCAAGAACUAUGAAAUAAAUGAAAACUGUGAUUUCUGCAAUGUAGUUAAUAAUCACUCUACUAGUUUGGGUUAUGCCUGGAAUGAGCAAUAAGUAAGAUUUAUGGUACUAUUUUGGGGAGCUCAGCCCUUGAGGUAACCCAAAAAACAGUAUGACAGUUUGUAUCCUUUAAGUUUCUUUUCUAUAAUUGUGUUGCUCUCAUCAGGGUAAGUUUGACCUUCUAAGACUAUUUUUAUUCCUUCUUAUUUGAACAUAUUUUAUUAAAAUAAUUGUUUUUAUUGAAGACUUUUACUGUUUUGUUUGUCUUGAAUUUUACACCAGAAAUAAUAAUGCAAAUAUUACUGAUGUAUGAUUUUGUGUAAUUUCUUAAAUUAUAAACACCAUCUUUUUAUUUAUGUAGUCGUAUAAUAAGUCUAAUUUAAAAUAAAAAAUACUAAGAUGUAGUGUCUGUAUCUGCAUGUAUGCUCAUGGAAGUAUUGUCAAGAUAUUCUGUUUCUGAAUAAACAGUGUGUCUUUCAUAGGACUAAGCAUAUUUUUAAUUUACGGUAACUUCUUUCUGAAACCAUUUGGGACAAUCAGCGCACAACCUGGCAGCUUUACAAGGCUCAGACUGCUCUAUUUCUUCAGUGUAACGUGGUUUUCUGACAAAGUAAUUGUUUUCUCUGCUGUGAGCAGUAUCCUUUGGCUGAUAAUGCCAAAGUGAAUUUUAUUCUGAAUGAGACUUCGUGGUGUUUGCGUGUUUUCUUUAAGAGAAAAUCUGUGGAGAAUGAAGACUUUAGGUAGAAACCCUGAUUUCACACUCUUCAGUCCCUCCUACAGAACUGAACUGAUGGACUUUGUACUGUCUAUUUACAAAGGCAAACUAGACAAUUCAGGGUGUUUCUACACUGGAAAUUUUGUAAUGGUGAAGUUUUGAGUUAAAGUGACUGUGUCACUGCUCUUAAGGGACAAAUCAGAAUCAAGCUUGUUGAAUAUUACACAUGCUUAAUUUUUGUUAAGAUAUGUUCGUGGAGACUAUAUGGGGCUGAAGCACAUAGAGCAACCAUAAUAUCGCUGCAAGUGUUAACUGUGCAUCUACUGAUCAGUGUUUACUGACCAUGCACUUACGGUACUGUCAUGCAUGUGAAUCUAUAGCUUCUUUAAAGCUGAGUAGUGGGAGACUACAAUAAGAAGUUUCAGAUUUAGAAUGUUGUAUUGAUAGGGAAGAACAGAUUUUAUUGGAACCUGUGCUGUUUCCUAUUGCUGAAGGUCUUUAGGAACAGGUUGGAUGUCCAAAAUAUAUUAUCUUACUUGGUACUGAGAAGGAUCCCCUUGCAUGGAUCUGUAAUAUUUUCCCAGGCCUGUUUUUCAUUUUUUACACGUAAUUUUCUUCAGUGUCAGGGCUGUGAAAGGGAUAAAACAAACAGGGUGAAAAAAUUUAGUGGUAGUAUAGAUGUAUGGAUGACUCCCUUAAAUGCCAGUUCCUGCAGUCACAUGUAGCUGAAGUAAAACUGAGGUUUACGGAGUGGUUCAGAGUCAUAUAGACAACAGGAGCGCAUCAGAACAGUUUGGUGCAAGGGCAGCACCUCGCAGCAACCUCGCAGCACCACAGUGUUGGUGUGGUCACUUUCUAGCUCGUGCUAUGGACACUCUUGGCUCCUGGCUUGUCCUCCCUCUUGCUUCCUGAUAGGUAACUAGGUAUUAAAGGAGCAGUGAAGAAAGUGGAUGGCUCUGAAAACCCUCUAUGAGGACCAUGAAGACAGAUCUGCUCAUCUGAAUUCCGUGAGCAGUUCUUGAAGCUCCUGAAAGCACACAAACUGCUCUGUAAAUAUUUAACUGUAGAAAUUAGAUCAGCAUGCUUCUGGGAGUGAGAGGGUUAUGGCAACAGUGUUUGCUCUACCAGUGCUUUGGAAAACUAUUUUUUUUCUAUUAAUGCUGUACCUAAUUCUACUUCCAUUAUUGUCACUGUAAGAAUGUAACUUGAACUGCUUCCCUCUGUUUGGUUUGUCUUAUCUCUGAGUUACUCCUAGAGGCUAACUUACUGUUGUUUCUCUUUUGACUGCUUUUCUCCAUUAUUUUUUUUUCUUAUUUUUUGGGACAUUUUUUUGAGAUCUGAUUCACCAGCAACAGGAGAAGGGGUUCUGUUCAUAAUGUCCAUGUUAGCCAGAUGAACAGUUUGCUUCAGUAUGUUUUCUCAAGACCUGUCCUUGAAGAAUAAAGUAAGUUUCAAGGACAUGUUUCAUCAGCAGGCCCCACGUUAUCUCUUGCAGUAUGUUUGGAGUGUUAGGUUGGACUUAGGUUUUAGAAUGCUAGUCUGGUCUUAGAGAAUGAAGCAGGUUGAGGGACAGUGGUCCUAGUUGAUCAUUUGUCAUCUGUUUCCUUGUGUUUCAGCUGUGUGUCAGUGUCUGCCUGUUC